UUCCGUAUGAUGGUGGCGGAGGGUGGAUUGCGCGCUCUAUGGCGUGGUAAUGGCGUCAACAUCCUUAAAAACUGUCCAGAGAGUGCCAUUCGCUUUGGCUUGCAUGGCCACCUUCGCUGUCUUCUCUUUCCCGGGCAGGCUGAGUUGACUCUGCGAGAGCGAAUCACCGUGGCCAGUAUGGCGGGAGCGGCUUCACUCACCUGUGUCUACCCGGUCGAGGUAUCUUUCGCGUGCGUGUUUAUUUGUGUUGUUUAA